GCCUCGCAACAAUAAUUAUUUAUCACCCUUACGAAACCCUAAAACCAUCUAACGAAGAUGGGAACGAAGAACAGCUCCUCCGAUCUCGUCUCCGAAUCAAGGAAACGUCGUUGCAUCAAGGAUCCAGUAGUCGAUUCCGGCGUUGUUCCUGAUGAAUGCAUCAAAAUUUAUCUAGUUUCAAGCAAAGAAGAAGUAGAUUCUGUAGACAUCUCGCCUCUCCAAGAUUUGGAUCUCAAUCAGUUUUUUGAAGAAGAUGAUAAAAUUUAUGGUUAUACUGAAUUAAAGAUAACAAUCUGGGUCAGUACUAUAUCAUUUCAUGCUUAUGCUGAUAUUAGCUUCCAGAAAAAAUCUGAUGGAGGCAAAGGUAUCACAGAUCUGAAGUUUUGCCUUCAGAAAAUCUUUGGUGAGAAUCUUAUUGACAAUAAAGAUGACUUCAAUCAAACAUUUUCAACUGAAAUUGGAUUUGUCAAAUCUGUUGUCUCGAAUGGAGAAGUGUUGAAACAGAAUUCCCAUGGUGCUCAUGGAAGCAAAAAGUCUGUCUCUGAAGGAGAUCUUUCUGAUGUUGAGGUUAUUCGGAUUGUGGAUAUCAUGUCUGUUGGUACUCUGUACAGCCGAUUGGUUCCUUUUGUUCUUCUCCUCAUAGACGGUAGCAAUCCCAUUGACAUUACUGACCCAUGCUGGGAGAUUUUUGUUAUUGUGAAGAAAAAGCGUGAUGAAGAAGUGGACAACCAUGUUCAACUGCUUGGACUUGCUGCACUUUAUCGAUUUUUCCAUUAUCCCAACAGUUCACGCUUGAGACUUGGCCAGAUACUUGUAUUGCCUCCAUAUCAAAAGAAAGGCUACUGUCGUUUCCUACUGAAUGCCCUCACAGAAUUUGCACACAGUGAAGACCUUUACGAUUUAACAAUCGAAGAGCCGUUGGACUCCAUUCAAUACAUACGUACAUGCAUCGACAUCGAGCGCCUGCUUGCAUUCGAACCAAUUAAAACCGCUCUAAAUUCAACAGUGUUGCGUCUGAAGCAUGAAAACCUAUCUAAGAAAAGUGAGUCUAGUUAUUUUGGGCCACCUCCAAGCGUGACCGAGGAAGUUAGGAAAAGCUUGAAAAUUAAUAAGAAACAGUUUCUUCAGUGUUGGGAAGUGCUUACUUAUAUUAGCCUGAUUGAAGGAGGAGGAGACAAGUACAUGGAGAAUUACAAGACGGUUAUUUCGGAUCGAGUUAGGGCUGAUAUUAUAGGAAAGGAAUGUGGGAAUAGGAAGAAGGUGAUCGAUAUUGAGACUGAAUUCGACGAGGAAAUGUCGUUUGUGAUGUUUAAUGGUCCCGGGAAUCCGGUUGAGGAAAAUGAGAAGGGUCAAGAAGAGCAGAUGAGGGAAUUGGUCGAGGAAAGGAUGAGAGUUAUCGAGUCGAUUGCGGCUAAGGUUAGCAAUAGCAAUUGAAGAAAUUAUCAAUUUUAUUGCAGAGUUGAGUCUUAGUAGAAAACCUUUCAAAUGUUUUAUCACUUUGAUGAUAGAAUGAAUGAAUUUGUGUUAUCUAUCUAAAAUUGCAUCAUUUAUGAUGACACUAAUUUUGAACCUAUUUGAUAACUUUAAAAUGGGUGAUUUUGCUCGAAAUUGCUAAAGUUCAAACUUUUUAUUUUUGUAUCA